AUGGUGUCCUGUCGCCGCGCCGCCCUCGCCGCCCUGGGCUACGCUGCCACAUUGCUGCCCGCCGUUGAUGCCGCGCGCAUUCUCGUCUCCAACUCGCUCGACACCUGCUCUACCGCGUCUGGCUUUACUGCCAGUCUCUUCAACGUCAAGUAUGAUGCCGACACGGGUUUCGCCGACAUCAGCAUGACGGCCACUUCAACCAUCUCGGGCAAGGUCAUCUUCUACGUCACCGUCGCGGCCUAUGGCUAUCCCAUCAUCGAUAACAGGGCCGUUGAUCCUUGCACCGUCGAAGAACUCAAGGGCAUGUGCCCUAUGCAGGUCGGAAAGCCCCCCCAAGAUUUCCGUCUUGACAUUGGCAAGAGUGCUCCUAUCCCCGGCAUCGCCUUUUCAAUUCCCGAUCUCGAUGCUACCGCCAAGGUCCGCGUCAUGCUUGGCGACGACGAGGUGGCUUGCCUCGAGGCCAACAUCUCCAACCAGAAGACUGUCGACACAAUCGGUGUCAAGUGGGCCACGGCUGUCAUUGCCUUCCUUGCCCUCAUUUCCUCUGCCGUCCUCAACAGUCUCGGCCACGCCAACGCUGCUUCCCACGUUGCCGCCAACUCUCUCUCCCUCUUUGGCUAUUUCCAGAGCCAGGCCAUGAUUGGCCUAACUGCCGUCAAGCUCCCUCCCAUUGUUCGCGCCUGGACCCAGGACUUUCAGUGGACCAUGGGCAUCAUCAGACUCGGCUUUAUGCAGGACAUUUUCACCUGGUACCAGCGCUCUACUGGUGGUACCCCGUCCACAAUUCUCGACUCCAUUCGCACCUACUCCGUUCAGGUACAGAAGCGUGGUCUCGAUCUUGCCGGUCGCGACAUGUUGCCCGAAAAGAUGGCUGCUCUAGCCCGCCGUGGCAACAUCAAGACCGGCUCCGGAACCUACCUGGUGUACGGUAUCCAGCGUGUCGCUUUCCGCUCCAAGAUUGAGUCCACCAACCUCUUUAUGACCACCAUUACCUGGUUCUGCGUCCUGGUCCUUUUUACCUCGCUCGUUGUCGCCGCCUACAAGGGCAUCCUCGAGCUUCUGGCCAAAAAGGGUACUGUCAAGGGCGAUCGCUUCCUCGAGUUCCGCAACGGCUGGAUCACCGUCCUCAAGGGCAUUGUCUUCCGUCUUACCCUGCUUGGGUUCCCUCUCGUCACCGUCUUCUGCCUCUGGGAAUUCACCCAGGCCGACUCUGCUGCCGAGGUUGUCCUUGCUGUCUUCUUCCUUGUCGCCACCAUCACCACCCUGGCUUUCGGCACCUGGAAAGUCAUUACCAUCGCUCGCCGCUCCGUCAGCCACCACAGCAACCCCGCCUAUAUCUUGUUCGCUGACCCGAAUGUUAUUAACAAAUGGGGUUUUCUCUACAUCCAGUUCCGCGCGUCGUCUCAUUACUUUAUCGCCCCGCUGCUCGCCUACACGUUUAUCAAGGCUCUCUUCGUUGCCGUGGCCCAGAAGAGCGGCAUCACCCAGGCUAUCGCCUUUAUUCUCCUCGAAGCCUUUGCGCUCAUCGGCGCGAGCGUUAUCCGCCCCUGGAUGGACAAGCCCACCAACACGUUCAACAUUAUGAUUUGCGUCGUCAACUUUAUCAACGCCAUCUGCCUGCUCAUCUAUACCAACGUCUUUGAUGCGCCCGCCCUCGUCGUUGGUAUUUUUGGCGUCAUACUUUUCGUCCUCAACGCUGCCUUUUCCCUGGUCCUGCUGCUCAUGGUCAUUGUCUCGACUGCUUUUGCCGUGUUCCGCAAGAACCCCGAUUCGCGCUACCAGUACAUGGGCGACGACCGUGCCUCGUUCAUGAAGUCCAACACGCAGCUCGACAAGUCGAACCAGCUCGACGACCUCGCCGCCGUCGCUCGCGGUGACAACAAGUCGCGCAUGUUUGAUAGUGAAGAAUUCGAGCCCAAGCCCCACAGCCACGUCCUGGGCUCCCUCAACAACCAGUCCCAACGCUCGUUUGGCCGUCACUCGCCUUCGCCCUCGGUUUCAGGGCGCCCAAGCCCGAGCCUGGAUCCCAACGGUCCUACCCGAAACGCGCGACAGCAAAAUUCGAGCAGCCCCUGGCAGCGCGGCGCCGGCUACGACAACUAA